CUCAGAGGCCGUUCAAUCCGAAUCAACAAGCUUGAAGACGCUACAAAAAGACAUGGGAGGAAGCACGGCAAUCCUCUGAAGAUACCCAAGAUCGAUUUCACACAGAAUUGCGUGCUUGCUUACCUACGACCCUCUUCACCUAACUCUACCUUAGGUAUACGAAUGCAGAUACGUUAGGCCAAACAGGCACCAGCAUGGGCAACACAGCGCACAUCCCAUGCCAUCCAAUUCGUCCCUAGGUCUACUUCCAGAGCCGGCUAAGAUAUUCGCCGUCUCCAAAACCGCCCCGAGGCCCAAGCAGGAAGGUAAGAGGAAGGUAAGCAAUCGGACAAAUUCAAGGGAACUUUGGAAGCUUAACGUGUCGACCUACAAGGGCUGUCGCGUCCCCGGAGACAGCAUGCGUCACCCUCAUUCGUACGUCUGGUCAAACCGCUGCCUUUUUCAACCGCGUCUGAUCCUCUCGCAGCAAAGUGUCAGCAUCAUAGCUUUUUUCAAUUGACUUCAUCUCACCGUAUUGAGGCCAUCGCGUUGCAUUUCGUCCCCCAAUUGUGAAUACCAUCUACAUUCCAAAUUCACAACCGUCAAUCGGUCCAACAUGCGCGUGACAAAGGAAUUCACCCCCGAGGUGCUCCUGAGCGCACCCCGCCGCGGCCCCGCCGUCCCGAGCCCGGACGGCAAGCUCAUCCUCUACACCCAGUCCACCCACAGCUUCGACGACAACAAGACCCUCAAGGAGGUCCGCCUCAUGCACGUCGAGUCCGGCGCCUCCGAUCAGCUCACCGACGACGACAAGGUCCACGACGCCCUCUGGCUGCCCGGCACAGCGAGCGACAUCGUCUACCUGAAGUCUGGCGACAAGGGCACCACCCAGAUCUGGAUCGCCAACGGCGCCGAGCCGGCCAAGGAGCACUACGUCGCUGCAGAGUACGACGCGCCCAUCAGCGCCCUCAAGGUCAAGGCGCUGGGUGAUGGGAGUGUCGGGUUCGUCGUUGCUGGGCUGGUCGGGCCCGAUGGGUCUCUGUUCAAUGACAAGACCGAGGAGAAGAGAUCCACGGGGCGCAUCUUUGACGAUUACCACAUGAGGCGUUGGAACGAAUUGAUCAAACCUCACAAAUACGCCCUCUGGUACUCGACUCUCGUCAACGCGCACGGCAAAUGGGGCGUCGCAGGCGAGCUCCAAAACGCCAUCAAGGGCAGCCGUCUCGAGGCGCCGUCGGGCAUGUACGACGUCAGCGACCCGACGGACGCAUUCGACGUCAGUGAGAAAGGCAUCACCUUCAUCGCAGAGGACGCCGGGCUGAAGCCGGAGGACGCGGGCGCCUCUCACGUCUACUACGUCCCGCUCACAUCCUUCUCGGCCGCCGCGAGUGCCAAGCCGAGGCCGCUUGUCAUGGGCAUAUCGGAGGCCAAGGCGUAUUACUCCAACGUGAGGUUUUCGCCCGACGGCUCCAAGAUUGCGUUUUUGCACGAGCCGCUCGAAAACCCCGCGGACGCGAGGCUGUAUAUGGGACACACUGCGUCCUUUGGCGCUUAUGAUGUGCACAAGAUGAUCUUUGGCAAGGGCCCGAAUCUGCCGCCCAAGGGCUUUGAGUUCGCAGGCAGCUCUGACGCCAUCUUUUUGCAGACGGAAGACUGCGGACGGGUGAAGCUGUCGCACGUGGAGCUCCGUCACGGUGCCGAAGCGACGACGCUGACGUCGAGCGGCGUCGUCUCGGCUUUCUAUCCUCUCAAGGAGGGCAGCUAUGAUAAAGUCCUAGUGACGAGUAAUAGCUUCCUUGACAGCAGUCUGUGGCAGAUUAUCGAUGUCUCUUUGAACACGGCACCAAAGAUUGUGUCGUCGGCUACGAAACACGGCGCAAAGUACGGGUUGUCUCACAGCAUGGUCUCUGAGUUUUGGUACGAGGGCGAAGACGACAACAUUGUGCACUCCUUCAUCAUCAAGCCGGCCAACUUUGACAAGACCAAGAAGUAUCCCUGGAUUCUCUUACCUCACGGCGGGCCGGAAUCAUCUUGGACGGAUUCAUGGUCAACAAGGUGGAACAUGGCCCUCUGGGCCCAACAAGGCUACGUCCUCAUCGCGCCCAACAUCGCAGGUAGCACCGGCUACGGCGUCGACUUCACAGCCCGCAUCUACCGCUCCUGGGGCGGCGCCCCCUUCCAAGACCUCGUCCGCCUCAUGGACCACCUGCAACAAGUCCCCUACCUCGACCAGGACCGCGCCGUCGUCGCGGGCGCCUCGUACGGCGGGUACAUGAUCUCCUGGAUGAACGGCCACGACCUGAUCCGCCGCUUCGCCUGCUCCGUCUGGCACGACGGCAUUUUCAGUCUGCCCGUGUUCAUGCUGCAGAGCGACGUCGUCGACGGCGGGCCCGAUUUCGGCGGCCCGCCGUUUUUGUGGGAUAAUGCCGAGGAGAUGGAGCGGUGGAACCCGGCGCGGCCGGAGCUGUUGCGGAAUUGGAGGCACGCGCCGCCGACGUUGAUCAUUCACAGCGAGAAGGAUUAUAGGUGUCCUAUCACGGAGGGGAUCGCUGCGUAUAAUACGCUCAUGUGCCAGGGCGUCAAGACGAGGUUCUUGACGUUUGAUGAUGAGUGCCAUUGGGUGCUGAACCCGGAGAACUCGAUGGUUUGGCACAAGACUGUUUUUGACUGGAUGGCGAGGUUUACAGGGGAGAACAGGGUUUGAAAGGGUGUUUCUGAGACGGAGAUGGAGUCUACAUACGAUGAAGUUAUACGGCGAGAGACAGUUAGCAACAAUGAAUGGACCAACAUGACAAAGUACCAAGAUGUCAG